UGCUGGGCCUGCAGGAUGCUGGCACGGGGCUGGCGGCGGCUGUUCACGGGGCGGCUGCUGCUGCUGACCAACACGGCGAGCUGCGGAGCCAUGCUGGCCACCGGGGACGUGCUGCAGCAGGCCUGGCACUGCCGGCGGCACCCGGGCACCGACCUGCAGCCAGCGCGCACAGGGCGGAUGUUCGCCGUGGGCUGCAGCAUGGGCCCGCUCAUGCAUUACUGGUACCUCUGGCUCGACGCCGCCUUCCCAGCGCGGGGCGUGAGGGGGCUCAGGACCAUCCUCAAGAAAGUCCUCAUGGACCAAGUGGUGGCAUCGCCCGCCCUGGGCGCCUGGUACUUCCUGGGCAUGGGCACGCUGGAGGGGCAGGCUCUGAGGGAGAGCUGGGAGGAGCUGAAGGACAAAUUCUGGGAGUUUUACAAGGCUGACUGGUGCGUCUGGCCCGGGGCUCAGCUCAUCAAUUUCCUCUUCGUCCCCCCAAAGUACCGGGUGAUUUACGUCAACGUGGUCACGCUGGGCUGGGACACGUACCUCUCCUACCUCAAACACAGGCCCGGCACCCCCCCGAGCACGGAGCACAGCCAGCGCAGGGCCGGGAUGUGAAGGAGCUGCUCUCAAUGGCAGCGUUUUCGGAGCCUUCUCCCCAUGGUGAGAUGUUUUGUGGGCAUCGCCGUGGUUCAAUCCCCCCCAUCACAAGCGAUGGUUGGAGACCAUCACC